AUGCGCAAGGCUAAGCUGAGGGGCGCUAACCUCACGGGAGCGUACCUCAUGAAAGCCGUCGCCUUCGCCGCGGACUUCGAGGGCGCCAACCUGAGCGACGCCCUCAUGGACAGGGCCGUUUUAAACAACGCCAACUUCAAAGACGCCAUCAUGACGAGAGUGGUCUUGACGUCGAGCGACUUGGGCGACGCCGUCAUCGAGGGGGCGGAUUUCUCGGACGCGCUGAUCGACGUGAAGCAGCAGCAGGCGCUGUGCAAGUACGCCAACGGCGUGAACAGCGUGACGGGGGUGAGCACGCGCAAGUCGCUCAACUGCGGCGGGAGCGCUUCGAUGCUGCGAACGUCCACGCCGAGCGGGUACAUGACCGAUGAUACAAAGGCCAAGCCGGAGGCGGCGUUCGAGGCGAGUCGAUUCAGCGCGUACUCGACGUACGGCCAGUGAGGGUGAAGGUCGGGCGGGGGUUCGAGCGCACGGACGGCCUGGGGACGGCCGAGCACGGCGCGGGGGGGUUUGUCCCCACAGACGAAACGUGUCGUCGUGUAGAGGUAUCCCGUGCCUUUGUUUCAACGGCGUGAGGUGUUAAACUUUGACCGCCUCGCUCU